CCCAUUUCAGACAUCAACAGUUAUAUGUAGCUGCUAUAGAUAGACGCGACGGCGAGUACUACGACAUACGACGAAAACGGACCCCUACGAGUAUAACACCUAAUCCAUCAUUGUUCAACAACUUAAACUUAAUAUGCUUAAAUUCUAUUCUAGAAACUAGUGCAAAAUGACCGCAUCCUCAAACUCUGCAAAACCCCAGAAAGGAAAGGGGAAGAACAGCAAGAGCACCUCCUCCAAAAGAGACGCUCAGCCGCCCGUUGCUCCACCAAAGCCGGCUCGGUUCGUUGUCGCAGACGACACUGGUCUGUGUAAGCUUCUGAACGCUACUGCGGAGGAGUCUAAAGAGGUUGAACAAACCUUUGGUUCUCAGGGCAAGCAACGUGGGGUCGUCUUUCUGGAGAAGGUCGAGGUCGCAGGGCAGGACAAGAACACGGCUGAAGCUGGUGAGAAAGAGCUCGAUUCGAAGAAGUCGUCAAGACGUGGCAUCGUGCUUGGGCGAGAAUCGGGUGCUGUCGAGCUGUGGCUGUACAAGCACGUUGCCACGACAUCAGCUUCGACCUCCACGGAAGACGACACUAAAAGUGAACAUGGUGCAGAUGAUGAAGAGGAUAACGGCAACGAUCGCAAAGAAGAGGAUGCACCUCCUAGUGACGAAGAGGAGGAGGACGAUGAUGACAUCGUCAGCGUUGAUGAGAAUGGAGAGAUCUUAGUAGAUCCCGAGGACAGGAAGGAGCGCAAUAAGGCGCUAGAAGUAGGGAAGAGUGGAGGCACAAAGAAGGGCAAGAAGGAGGACGUUGAAGAUGAGGAUGAAGAAGAUUGCUUUAGUAGUGACGAUGAGGAGGACGCAAAGGACGAGGAGAAGAAGUCCUCCUCGGUAUCAAAAACAAGAAGUGCUCCAGCUCCUCGUUUCGAUGAUAAACCGACCUGGAGCGCCAACCUCGACAUUAUCCUGCACCCAAAAGACCCUACCAAGAACGAAAAGCUCAUCUUCGGAGCGGUGCUGGAGGGAGAGCAGCAACUUUUGGUUUUGUCGCAGCUCGGCAAUGUCUGGAUUCUGGAUUGUUCUUCGAGCCCCUCUUCAGAUGUCAGUCGUGCCACAACGGAAGCUGCUUCACCUUCAAAGAGCAAAAACAAAGUCGUUGAAGAGAGAGUGAAGCCGACUUUCACACUUCCUGGCACAUUCAUCCAACCUCUAGACAAGAAAUGGUCUACAUCAAUCAAGCCACGCAGCUGCGUGAAAUCCGCUUGUUUCAAAAAACAGGGAGAAAAACACCUACUAGCUUACGGAGGAACGGACAACGACGUUCGCGUAUUCGAUGUGAAAUCAAGGAAAUUGGAGUUUAAAGCAAAAAACUUGCCAAACGACCGCUUAGACCUGCAAGUGCCUUUGCGCUACACUAGACUACACUGGAUGCCCGAGGUACAAUUUGAACAUCAUUUUAUCAACUCCAUCAUUAUUUACCAAUCAUCUCCUCGAGCUCGCCUAAGACCCUCCACCAACAAAACAUCACUCCAAACCUACCACAGGCCUUCAAUGCCGAAACUGCAAUAGUUGCUGUGACGGGUGACGCUCGAGUCCGCAUAUUCGACACGGCAGUACAGGAGCGAGCCUUGUUUGACCUUCCCAUCGUGUACAAGCGUGAGCGAAGUUCCGCGUAUAGCGGAUGCGCCAAUAACAAGGUUGAAUCUGCAAGACCAGUCCAGGCAACCUGUCUCACGUCCAAAGGUCGACUUGUCACUGGCGACACAGUUGGAAACAUCGACGUUCUCGAUGUCACUGGCUGUCUUAGCUAUUUGAAGAGAACGACGACAGAGGAUAAAUCUCCUUCAACUUCACCUAAAACCUUGUUAAAAGCAGUUCCAAAAAUCGGAACUCCAGCUCAUUGCGACUUCGUCAGGGAGAAGAAGAUCGUGCAGUACUUGGGCGCUUCCUCACCUUACGGUAGCGCCAUUCGAGGACUCGUUGUGCUGCCAGAGACGCAGCAACUUGUCUGCGUUGGUCUAGGCCGCUUCGCCAACAUCGCAAGAGAUGCAGCAAGAAAUAGACGCGUACAGGACAAGCGCAUCUACCUGAAGCAAAAACUCUCAGCGGUUGUGGCCUUGGACGCUGUCGAAGAGGUUGUAGAGGAAGAUGCUAGGAUGAGGAGCAGCGCAACUUGUUCUUCAUCAUUAGCGAAGAUGGAGGACAUCAUGAUGAGUGAAGACUUGUCUGACGAGGAGGAAGAGGAGGAAUAUAUGGACGACGAACUCAGUUACGGUUCCUAUGAGCAAGAGUUCGACGACGAGAGCUCAAGCGAAGACGUCCCUCAACCUAAGAAACGAAGAAGGAAUAAGUAAUCUUAAUGUGCAUUGUCAUUGAUCUGACCCGCCAAGAAUAUGUCAGGAGGUGAAAGUCUCAACACAUGGCGGGAGCACUCGACAACUAGACUCUACUUCUGCAUCGUCACCCUUGAAGAUUCGGUCGGACAAAAUUGUAACCUUUUUCAUAAGACUACAUGAACUUGAAGAUACCUACGUCGCUAAUACGAGCUC